AUGUUAGUUUCAUUGUCAGUCAGUAACAAUACAUUACAAUAUAAUUCUCCAUGGACAAUCUAUGAUUUACAAACAAUGGAUGUUAAAUUUCGUAAUUCCUACGAGUUUUUCAAUAAUAGUACAAUUUGUUUUCUUCCACCUGGUUGGAUACAUUUAGAAGAAUUUAUAUUUACAACAUUAGGUAUUAUUAUCACUCUUAUAGCGUCAAUUAAAAUUCAUUUGACUGAAAUUCGUUUUCAUGACUAUAUUUCAUUAUUCAAAUGUUAUCUGUUAAAUAUAUCUGUCCUAUUUCUAUUCUGUUCAGCCUACAUUUUCUCUUAUAAGUCAACAGAACAUUUUUGUAUUAUUGAACAAUUAUUCAUUCAAUAUACUAGUACACUUCUUAUGAGUAGUACAUUAAUCAUAAUACUAGUACGAACAUUCAAUCAAUAUUUUAACAAAGAACGUUAUAAACAAGUACGUUUUAUUAUUGGUAUUAUUGUUCUAAGUGUUAUUUUGCAAACGAUAUUGUCAUCAGUAUGGUAUAUUGUUAAUAAACAUCGAAAAGAAAUCAUACAAUAUCAUCAUUCAACUUGUAUUCGACACAUACAAAUUGAUCUAUGUCUACAUGCAAAACAACCAUUAUUAUUUUCUACAAUAUUAUUACCAAUUAAUUUUAUACUCUGUGCAUUGAAUAUUUAUCGUUUUACAAAACCAUUUCAAGUUGUACAAUUAUUAGAAUCGAUCAUGUGUUCAAUAGGUCUCAUUAUGGCGGGUUCAAUGUCAGGCUUAUACCUCUUUUUUAGUUCAACACCAACAAUGCCCUUUAGAUACGUAGCUUAUGUAUUUCUAUUAACAUAUAUACUACCACGUAUUUGGAUUGCUGAGUUAGAACGAUCACGAAUAACCGUCGAAGAAAUAAAACCAUUAUUACAUGAUGAAUCAAUGAUACAAUUCAAUAAUAAUAGCAGUCAAAAUUGUAUUAUUCAAAUGAAUUACAAUGAUGAAGAAGAUGAAAAUAUAUUUGAACAACAGCAGCAGAACAAACCAAAAUGGAAUAGAGGACAAAAUAGAAAUAAACAAGAUUUUUUUGGUUAUAGACGAAAUAAUAAUAAUAAUAAUAAUACUAGUCAACAACAACGAACAAAUACUAUAGUUAGUGAUCGAGUGCAAGAGAAAAAUAAAAAUUCUCCCAUAAUACGAACAAACAAUAUGUCUGCUGGUGAAAUAUUAUACAAUAUGUUAGAUAAACAUGAUACUGUGGCCACUACACAAUUAUCAUCAUUAUGA